AUGAAUAAUAAAAAACGAGCAUUAUCAGAGAUUUAGGAUGGCGAAUAAGAUCAUGCUGGUCUAGUGUGCAAAUCAGUUGUCACCCCUAAAAAGAGAAGACCUAAUAAUGAGACUUUCAUAAAGAGCAAAGAGCAAUUAUAACAAAUACAAUAAUAAAAUAUAUCAAAGCCUUAAAAAAGAAGUAGUGAAUCGAGUUAUGAUGAGCCUGACCUCGAUGUAAAAUUUAUAUCUGAUCAUAACCCAGUCUAAAGACAGGAUAAAGAAGAAGCUAAAAAUUCUCAACGAGAAGUUGAUGAGUUAAAAGAAGAAUAAAAAGAGAUUUGCAUAAAAUUUGAUGGUACUAAGCUCUACACUAAUAGGAUUAAAUUUUACUAUUCUAAGGCAAAAAUUGACAAUGCUUUGAGUUUCAAGCAACUCAUGAGUAAAGAUUUACUUGAUGAAAAAGAUCCAGGAUAUGAUGUGGAUGUAAAGUCAGCUAUCUUUGCUUCAUUUGAGUAUGAGGAAGAUCUAAUGCUUCCCUUGUUUAGUAGAAAGAUUCCAACAACUAUAUUUGAAGACUAGAUUAAAAGAACUGAUCCACUUAUUUUCUUUGCUGAUGAUGAAAUCAAUUGUAAUAAGAUUAAUGUCAACAAAUAUGACACGGUACCUUAUGCUUCUUACCACUCAAAAGUUAUUAUAUAUCAGUUUGAAGAUAGAUUGAGAGUAAUCCUAAGCAGUGCUAAUCUUACCAAUUACAUGUGGUAUUAUAUUCAGUAAUGCAUUUGGGCCUAAGACUUCCCGCUGCUUAAAUUGCCUUCAAGUAAAAGUAAAUUAGAGGAGCGAAAAAGUGAGAAUGACUUUAAGCAUUCUUUAGGAAAAUAUCUAGAGCAUCUAGUUCCAUGGAAUGUUAGGAAAAAUCCUGAUGUUUUCAGAUAGAAAAUAAACUUAGAUGAUUAUGACUUUAGCAAAGCCUAGGUUCACCUGGUAGAGUCUAUUAAUGGAAGAUUGAAAGGAGAUAAAAUAUCAGAAUAUGGAUUAAUGAGGAUAAAUUCUCUCAUAAAGUAACAUCAUCCGCUUCCUGAAAAAUCAAAAAUUUGGAUUCAAGCUUCUAGUAUUGGGAGGAUGUGGCCUAAGUAUCUGUAAGAUUUUUACUAUACUCUCACCGGAAUUCUGAUAAGUGAGGAAAGAAUUCAUGACAGAUUUGGCUUUAUUUAUCCCACUGAAUCGCAUGCAAGAAAAUCCAAUUUAGGCAUCAACAAUUGUGAUUGUCUUCACCUCAAAACAACAUCUUGGAGGUAAAAGGGAUUUCCUACUGGAAGCUUCUACAGGUAUGAAGGUAGAACUGAAUUAUUCAAUGAAGAUAUCGCUCACAGUAAGGUCCUCAUUAUUACUGACGAUGAUAAAGGAACAAUAAAUGAUAAUACAUUUAUCUAUAUUGGCUCUCAUAAUAUGUCAUCUAAUGCCUGGGGGAAGUUUGAAAGAAACAAAGAAUAAUUUACUAUAGCAAAUUGGGAACUUGGGGUCUCUCUUAUCCCUAAAGCUGAUUCUAAAGACUUGAAGUAGAGUUGGAUAGAGAGCUUAUGCUUUAAGUUUCCUCCAGUGAAGUACAAGUUUGGUGAUAUACCUUACUUUGGCGAUGUAGAUUACAAAUGA